AUGAAGGGAGAGACCCAAAUGGACUACCACUUCUCCGUGAAAAAUGUAAAUUUCUUUAAAAGUGCCUUGGCUCUUCUAAGCGUAGAUGACAACAAAAGUAGCUUAAACCUUAGGAAAAGUGCAAACAACCAAGGGAAUGUCGAAAAUUUUAUUCUUUUUAAUGUGCUAGGUGAUGGGUUAAUGUUAAGGAGCUUGUCUAAGUGCAAACAGAUAUACUGCUUUCUGUUCCUGGAUUCUGACUGCUUCGCUAGUUAUGGUGUUUUGAAUAAAGGGGCGAGGCUUAGGGAGAAGCGUCAGAGAAGAGGAAGUGAAAACAGAUUUACAGGAGAGAACAAUGACCCAUGUGUGUGUCAUCAUUCAAGUGCCUUAUCCCAAGGUGCAUGCAGCACAUGCCACAUACCCAAGGCGAAACGUUCCAAAGGGGGAUAUAAAAAUACGUAUAGCGAGGAGGAAAACCACGAAGAUGAUACCAACAGUGUAAAUUCAGAUAAUCUGUACACUACCCAUGCUAUAAACACGGAGUGCAACAAUUUGAUAAAACUGAAAACCAUGUCUCCAUUAAAGAUUAAACCUACGCAGCAUAAUAAAAAAGAAGAUGAAAAUGAAGGUGAAAAUGAAGGUGAAAAUGAAGGUGAAAAUGAAGGUGAAAAUGAAGGUGAAAAUGAAGAUGAAAAUGAAAAUGAAAAUGAAGAUGAGUAUUUUAUUCGAAAAAAGGUAUAUGAAAAAAUUGAUGAAGAGAAAAAAAAUAACAACAUGGAAUUUCUCGUCUGUCAAUAUGAAUUACUCAAGGCACUAGAAUUCCUAGAUCCUAUUCUUUUAAACAUUAAAUUUGACUAUACUAACCGGAAGUUAAUUCUCCACCUGACUGAUGAAGAUGGAGAUACAUCUGAAACCUUUGUUAAAAUUAUUGUAGAUUAUUAUUACGAAAUAAGCAAAUUAGAAAAAUACACAUUCCUACACAAUGAUCACAAUUUCUUUUCCAUCCUGUCCACCACUUUUUCCUUUUACCUGGACUACUUAAUUAAGAGUAACGAUGAGUGCAUUACUUUUUAUAUAACCGAAUAUACCAACGAUAGUAGCGCGGUUCUUAAAAUGGAAACGAAAAAUAAAAAUUACCAACGAUCUGUUCUGCUCAUGCCCAAGGAGAACUUCCAGGAUUUUAAGAGCUUAAAAAGUCAAAUAUUCAAGUACCGGAUAAGAGAUUUAUCAAAAAUUAACCAGGCGCUCAAAAUAAGUUCCCACCUCAGAAUGGAUUUCCAAGAAAAUGGCCUGUUGCGAUUUCAGUUUACCCUCAGGGAAUACAACAUGAACGGAACGCAUUUGUGCUACUUCGUACAACCCCUCACAGAUAUGUCUCUUGCCAAUUUUGCGUAA